CUAGAAACACCCAUGAUACCCACUCAGCCACAGCCGACUAAACGGAAAGCCACCGAGGAAGCCAACCCGCUCGCGACCACCACAAGCAAGAAGCCCAAGCGAGAGAACUCGAAAGCGGGGCCCUCUAGCAAGCGCAAGAUUAAUGGCGAGGAGCAGCCUGGGGGCCUGGUCAUUGUGCGCGCCCCGUCGCAGGCGAAUCGCACGCUCCACAUUGAACCUCUGCCGGCAGAGCCCCGCGCAGCCUCUCGUCAACCGUCCGUCCAGCCGCAGGCAUCACAAUCAACAAAGCCCGCCGCGAAGAAGCUGCGCGCAGAUGGCUCGUCGCGUGCGGUGGGGAAGUCAAAGGACCGGGACGUGUAUGCUACGACGCGUGCGGACCCCGAGGUGGACGAGGACGUGCGGCAGAUGCAGUCGGAGGCGGACACGCUCCGGCGACGCUCACAGGCAGCGGAGCAGGUUGCUAGCGCUGCAUCGGGGGCGUUCGACUUUCCCGCUCGCACUCCACGGCCAGCCACGACCUCUCGCCGGAACAUCGACACCGUGAUGCCGGUAGCCCAGCAGGAGACGCCGCAGAUCGAGAAGAACAAGCUUAUGCGAGGGGAAACGGGGCACAGGAGGAGGAGCUCCGUCAGCCGCGGUAAGCGCAUCAGUUCCAGCUACGAGGCCACCGGCGUGAUCUCGCACCCGCACACGUCCGUCUCCGUGGCGAGCUUCUUCAAGCACAUCGACUCCGAACUCCCCGAACCCCAGCGCGCACGCCAACUGCUCAUAUGGUGCUCCAAUCGAGCCAUGAACGAACUCGCGGACCAAGCACCCCAAGCGUCUUCAUCAAGACGAAAGUCCACAAACUCCGGCAAGGACCCACCACCGCUAUCAUCCGCCCAGGCGGACAUUCUGAAGCGGACAGAGGAGAGCCUGAUACGCAUGCUCGCAGAAAGGAAGGUCGACACCAACGUGUAUGGUGGUGCAGGCUCUCAGAGUGGAGAUGGGCGGCCUCUGAAGGAGAACGAGCAGAACGUGAAGAAUCGGAUGCGAGAAGCGCGGUUUAACGGGCACAUACAACAGUCGAAACAGGAGGCAGACGCGUGGAAAGAGCUAUCAGACUCGUACGAUUCUCAUAGGAAAUCGGUCCAUGCGGAGAUGGAGAAGCGGAAGCGGGCGCUGGCUGCUUGGAAAGCAAAGGGCAAGGAGCGCGCAUCGGCGGAGGACCUGGACGACUGGGAUGUGGAACGGCGGGACUUGCCUGAGCAGCUUCUCUCGCAUGGGAGCUUGGAACUGGCGCGGGGUAUCGUCCUGGGGGAGGCGUCCAAGAGAAAUCCGUUAAGCGGUCGACUGCAGGAGCUGGAGUACACGAUGGAUCGGGUUCACAACUUCGCAAACGCCGCCCUCCAGACCACUCGGGUAGCCGAGGCCGAUCUUGAUCGACGAUUUGCGUUGCUGAACAUCUCCCUUGCAUCGCGCUCUCAACCAACAGCGUCAGCCUCCCAGACAGACCCCACCUCGCUCUCAUCGUAUAUCCCACCAACCCAUCCCCGGCCACCCGCGACCGACCCACAAGACAUAUUCCGUGCACUAUCUCGUAUAGACGCGGAACGUCCGCUGACGGAAGUCGGCGAUGCCGCGCGACGCGCCAUUCGGGAGGUCCAGCGCGCGACAGACGCGUCUGUAGGGAUGGCAGAACGACGUCUGACUGGGGUGCCUCCGCCGACUCCUCGCAAACCUCCAGGGACGCCGCGCCGCGGUAACACCCCCGGCAAGGGGAGGUGACCUGGGCCACACCGUGCGCAACAUACAUCCUAGUGUAGUAAUAUCCCGCCGUCUGUCCUCUCAUUUUUUCGUUCGCUGCCGCUUCGUUUUGUCCUGCCC